AUGAAUAGCGAGAAUAAAAUCAGCCUUUCCCUUUUAAUCCUCUUCUGCUUUCUAAACCGUGAAUUAUGGGCACAGUCCGCUCCAUCAGAAAACAAAAACUUCAACAUAAACAACAACAUCGUAAUAAGCACUGGGAUCAUUCUAGACAUGGAGUCAUGGAUUGGCAAGUCCAUUCACAGGUGCAUUACCAUGGCCAUAUCUGAUUUUUAUGAUCUUAAUCACAGUUACAAAACAAGGAUAGUUGUUCACACUCGGGACUCUAAGGGAGAUCCAUUAAAAGCUCUGUCAGCUGUUGAUCAUCUUCUGAAAAACGUGAAGGUGCAGGCUAUCAUAGGCCCAGAAAUCUAUCUUCAAUCGAAGUUAUUAUCCUUGUUUGCUGAUAAAGCUCAAGUUCCUAUAUUUUCUUUUGCUGGUAGAUCCUCAAUGGAAUACCCAUACUUGUUCCAAAUCAAAGAAGAUGAAUCCACUAUGGCCAAAAGCAUUGCUUCCCUUAUGGAAUUAUAUAAAUGGAGGAAUGUUAUCAUUGUUCAUGAGGACACCGAUGAUGGGAGGGAGAUAUUACCUUAUCUGGUUGAGUCAUUCCAAGAUAAUAACAUGAAGAUCAGUUACACAAGUGCCAUUUCAUCAUCAGCCACGAUUCAUGAAAUCACGGAGGAGUUGCACAAGCUCAUGAAUUUUCAGACAACUAUCAUCAUCGUACAUAUGUCGCCUUCAUUAGCAUCCAACCUCUUCUUGAAUGCAAAAAGCUUAGGAAUGGUAACGGAAGAAUAUGCAUGGAUUUUAACUGAAAAAACAGUUGACCUCUUCCGUUCAACAAACUUUACAGUUGUUGAGUCAUUACAAGGGGCGAUAGGUUUUAGGCCGUAUGUUCCACCAUCAGUCAGGCUGCAUAACUUAAAAGCGACAUGGCACAAAUUCUUUUACCGAAACUACCAUACCUCAUUGACGAAAGAAGUACCUGUGCCUGCCAUAUGGGCAUACGACACAAUCUGGGCGCUUGCUGAGUCUGUAGAGAAAGUUGGGGUCCCACAAAAUGGACUUUUGCUCUUACAUGAGGUUUUGAAAACAAGAUUUAAGGGUAUAAGUGGUGAGUUUGAUCUGAGUGAAAGAAAAAUAAGAUCCAAUGGAUAUGAGAUUAUGAAUGCCAUCGACUAUGGUGAGAAGAGAGUAGGAUAUUGGACACUAUCAGAAGGAAUCAGUCGAGGAUACCCAAUGAAUAACAGCGUCUAUCAACACUCUACUCUAGGUCCUGAAGCUGUUAUCUGGCCCGGAGGGUCUACAACUGCUCCAAAAGGUUGGGUGUUGCGAGCAACUCCAAAUAAAAGGUUGAAAAUUGGUGUUCUGAAGAUAAGAAACUUUAAGUACUUCAUUGAUGUAGAUCAUGAUGUUGAGAAAAAUGUUACAACUGCUACUGGGUUUUCCAUAGAUGUAUUCAACACAUGCAUUCGUGCUUUACCAUAUGAAGUGCCAUACACUUUCAUUUUAUUUGACAACGCCAAUAAUUACGAUGAUCUUGCACAGAAGGUCAACAAUAAGGAAAUUGAUGGAGUUGUGGGGGAUUCAACAAUCUUGGCUAACAGAUCUGUGUAUGUGGACUUUACAUCGACUUACACUGAAUUGGGUGUAGGAACAGUAGCAAGAGUCAAGAAAGAAGACAUGUGGUUCUUCUUGAAGGCUCUGGACAUGGGACUAUGGCUAACUGCUAUGGCUUCUCUUAUCCUAACUGGAUUUGUUAUUUGGGCUAUUGAAUGUUUGAAUCAAGAAUCCGAAUUUGAAUGCUCACCAGCUCAGCGAAUUGGAACAAUCGUCUGGUUCAUCCUGUUGACCAUCUUUUUUGCUCAAAGAGAGAAGUUGUCAAGCAAUCUGUCAAGAAUUGUAAUGUUUAUCUGGUUACUCGUGGUGCUUGUCUUGAUCACGAGCUACACAGCAACUUUGGCUUCACUGUUGACAGUAGAGCAAUUUGAAUUGGCAUCAAAAGGCAGGAUUGUGGGGUUUCAUGGAGAUUCUUUUAUGAGAGGAGUGACUGUCAGCAACCUGCACUUUGAAGAUAAUUACCGAAGGGCAUACUACUCAUACGAGGAUUAUGCUCAUGCUUUAUCAGAAGAUGGUGAUGCUGAUGCCAUUGUUGAUGAAAUUCCGUACAUCAAGAUGUUUCUUAGCAAAUACUCAGGUGAAUAUGCCUUGAUCUCCUCUCAACCCAUCACUUCUGGCUUUGCCUUUGUAAGUACCCUUUCUUUCUUCAUCACUUGCACUACAUAUGCAUCUAUUUUAUGUGGUGAUUAUUACAGUGACUAG